GUCUGAAGUUCCAGGAAAUUCAAGAAAGAUUUGGUGAGGAAUUCUUUAAGAUAUGCUUUGAUGAAAAUGAGAGAGUCCUUCGAGCUGUAGGUGGCACAUUGCAGGACUUCUUCAAUGGUUUUGAUGCAUUGUUGGAGCACAUUAGGACUUCUUUUGGGAAAAAGGCCACUCUGGAGUCAUCAUCUUUCCUAUGCAAAGAGCUCCCUGAAGGUACUCUUAUGCUACACUACUUCCAUCCUCAUCAUACUGUGGGAUUUGCAAUGCUGGGAAUGAUUAAGGCUGCAGGAAAGAGAAUCUAUCACUUGAAUGUAGAAGUGGAACAAAUUGAAAAUGAAAAGUUUUACUCUGAAGGCUCAAACCCAAGCAAUUGUAGUUGUCUUUCUUUCCUUAUCAAAGAAUGUGAAACUAUUCACAUCACAAAGAACAUUCCACAGGGUACUUCUCAAGUUCCUGCAGACCUCAGAAUCAGCAUCAGCACCUUCUGCAGAGCUUUUCCAUUCCACUUGAUGUUUGACCCCAGCAUGGCAAUUCUUCAGCUUGGGGAAGGCCUGCGAAAACAGCUUCGAUGUGACACUCACAAAGUGCUGAAGUUUCAGGAUUGUUUUGAGAUCGUCUCUCCAAAGGUUAAUGCCACCUUUGAAAGGGUCUUGCUGCGACUAUCUACCCCAUUUGUAAUAAGGACCAAGCCUGAAGCUUCUGGUACUGAGAAUAAAGACAAGGUGAUGGAAAUCAAAGGACAAAUGAUCCAUGUCCCAGAAUCAAAUGCCAUUUUGUUUUUGGGCUCUCCAUGUGUGGACAAGUUGGAUGAACUCAUGGGCCGAGGACUACAUCUCUCAGACAUUCCUAUUCAUGAUGCUACCCGAGAUGUCAUUUUAGUAGGAGAGCAAGCAAAGGCCCAGGAUGGCUUGAAGAAGAGGAUGGAUAAAUUAAAGGCCACCUUAGAAAGAACUCACCAGGCCCUGGAAGAAGAGAAGAAGAAGACAGUGGAUCUGCUGUACUCCAUUUUUCCUGGUGACGUAGCCCAGCAAUUGUGGCAAGGACAGCAAGUGCAGGCCAGAAAGUUUGAUGAUGUCACCAUGCUUUUCUCAGACAUUGUGGGUUUCACAGCUAUAUGUGCUCAGUGUACUCCCAUGCAGGUGAUCAGCAUGCUCAAUGAACUUUACACCAGAUUUGAUCACCAGUGUGGAUUUUUGGAUAUUUACAAGGUGGAAACAAUAGGAGAUGCAUACUGUGUUGCAGCAGGGCUGCAUAGAAAAAGCCUAUGCCAUGCCAAACCCAUUGCUCUGAUGGCCUUAAAGAUGAUGGAACUUUCAGAAGAGGUUCUGACUCCUGAUGGAAGACCCAUUCAGAUGCGGAUAGGCAUUCAUUCAGGCUCUGUGCUAGCUGGUGUAGUUGGGGUGAGAAUGCCACGAUAUUGUCUUUUUGGAAAUAAUGUCACAUUGGCAAGCAAAUUUGAAUCGGGAAGUCAUCCUCGGCGUAUCAACGUCAGCCCAACUACCUAUCAAUUAUUAAAGCGAGAAGACAGUUUCGUAUUUAUUCCUCGUUCCCGUGAAGAACUUCCAGACAACUUUCCAAAGGAAAUCCCUGGGGUCUGCUAUUUCCUGGAGGUAUAGAUCUCUAUCCUUUACAUCACACGGAUGGAUGCUCAGGGAAUGACUUGGAGGCUUUGUAGCCUGAGGCUGGUGUAUUCUCAUGAGCAUAAGAAUAAAUGAAUUUCUUCAAGAGACUUGGGUAUUAGCCCACCUUCUUCAGAGUAGAGGGAUUGGGAGAAGUUGUAGGGAGUACAGCUGGAAUAAGUGAGAAAACAAAGUAGUCAUGCUCAUAUUCAAAAAUGCCUGAAGAAAACUGAGUGUCUCCUAACUGUUGAGGAACAUGAAAAGAGAGCCGCGCUCACCAAGUUCAUUUAUGACUAUUAUGUAUAGUAACUGUGUUUAUUAUAAUAUAUUUAAUUAUUCAAUAGUGAAUAAACAUGUUCUGUAACUGUAAGGCUGAAAAAAGGUUUCCAAGGUACCAUCCAAUCUUCUUCUAUACUUUUUUGUAAAGAUUUGUCUGAGCAACUACCUUUAACACAUAAUGAUUCUCCCUGUAUUUAAGAAAAUAUAUAAGAAAUGUACACACACAUACACACAUGUGUGUGUUUUAAAACCUAUUAUUUCAAAUCCACUCCCUUAUUCAGUAAUUUCUUAUAGUGCUCACGUGAGAAUUUGUUCAUUUAUUCUCAGUUUUUUUCAAAGUAUCACAAACUUUGCAUUUGUUUAUGUUAGUUUACACAGAGAGGAAAUAGCCAUUACAUUGCCAGAAAUGUCACAUUAAAGAACAUUAUAGAAAUCUAUUAUAUAUCACUGACAGUCAUCUAUAGUCUUCAAAUACUAUAAUCUAAAAGCAUUUCUGAAGACAGUAUGAGAAAAGAGUUUAAUAGUUUAUGAAUUUUCCAGACUAUUUCAAAUGACUAUAAUAGUUUCACCAUUGUUGUAUGUGCUUGUGGGGCACUCCAUUAAAGAUAUAUAUAUAUAAUCUUUAUUCUGGCUGCAGUCACAGAAGGUAAAAGCUAUGGAAAUUUAAGCUUUCAUUAUUCCUACACAAUGGAGCUCAUAUGUCCUAUCUUAGGAAUCAUGACUGCAAACAUGAGAUAGUAUUUUGAUUUUAUUGACUAAUAUCACUACAUUACUAUCAUAUGCUUACAACUCUUCAUAAUGUUAGAUAUUUUAGUGUGUCUGGUUGAAAGGAAUUUAGAAAAGUCUCCAUAUAAACAAGAUUGCAUAUUGGUGUAAUAUGUUUAGCUCACUGUAAAAGGAAUGAUUUCCAAUUAAGCAUAUGAGUAGUUUAUCUGAUUGAAUGUUGGGUCAUAUAGCUAAUUUAGUAAAGGGACUUUAAAACUAGGCAUUAUUACCAACAGUUUCCUCAGGCAGAAGGAUCAUUUUAUAAGGAGAACACCAUUAUCUACAAAAAAAAACCCCAUCAAUCCAGCACAGUUAUAAUCUCCAUAUAUUUGUUCAAAUCUUCCUAUAUAGGUUCUGUCUUAUAGACUUUAAUAAGUAGGCAACAGUGGCCACAACGAAAGAGUAAGAUGUCUCAAAAACAUGGUUGAGCUCAUUCUGGUGCUCCAAGGUCCCAUUGAGGAGGGAGAACAUGAGCAAGGAAGUCAGGACCACGAGGGAUGCACCCACCCACUGAGACA